AUGCAGGCUGCUGUGCUGGAGCCCCCCAACAGCACAGGCUACCCUUGGCCGAGCUCACCAGGCACCUGCGUGUCCCAGGCCCUGACCACCCACAGCAAGAACGACUCCAUUGUGGAAGGGCUGCCAGGCCUAUAUGUGGCGCUGCCAGUGGUGUACUCAGUCAUCUGUGCGCUAGGGCUGACUGGUAACACAGCCGUCAUCUAUGUGCUCCUGCGGGAGCCCAAGAUGCAGACGGUGACUCACGUGUUCAUCCUCAACUUGGCGGUGGCCGAUGUACUAUUCACACUGGUGCUGCCUGUGAGCAUCGCAGAGCACCUGCUGCAGCGCUGGCCCUUCGGGGAGCUGCUGUGCAAGCUGGUGCUGGCUGCCGACCACUACAAUCUCUUCUCCAGCGCCUACUUCCUUGCUGCCAUGAGCGUGGACCGCUACCGCGUGGUGCUAGCCACAGCGCGCUCUCUGCGGGCCCCCCGGGGGCGCACCCUGCGGGCCGCCCGCAGAGCCAGCCGCUGCAUCUGGCUGGGUGUCACAGUGCUGGUGCUGCCCUUCUUCGCCUUCGCUGGAGUCUACCGCAACGAGCUGCAGGUGCGCAGCUGCGGGCUGAGCUUCCCACAGCCUGAGCGCGCCUGGUUCCAGGCCAGCCGCAUCUACACGCUAGUGCUGGGCUUCGUGCUGCCCAUGUGCGCGCUCUGCGGCCUCUACGCGGAUCUACUGCGGCGGCUGCACACCCUGCGGCUGCGUUCCGGCGCCAAGGCCCUGGGCAAAGCCCGCAGGAAGGUCACCGCCCUGGUCUUGGCCGUGCUGGCCGUGGGCCUGGUCUGCUGGACGCCCUUCCACCUGGCAUCCGUGGUAGCGCUGACCACAGACGUGCCGCAGACGCCGCUGGUCAUCGGCAUCUCCUACACCAUCACUAGCCUCAGCUACGCCAGCUCUUGCCUCAACCCGUUCCUCUACGCCUUCCUGGACUCGGGCUUCCGGAAGAAUUUCUGGGCCGCCUUCCGCUGCCAGGGGCCCUGA